AUGGAUCUUUCAAGCAAUAACUUAUCUGGAGAGAUCCCUGAAGGAAUCACAAGUCUUUUGGGAUUGCUUGUCUUAAACUUAUCUGGAAACCAUUUGACUGGAAAGAUUCCAGAUAAGAUUGGUAAUUUGGAAAAUCUAGAAUCUCUUGAUUUCUCCAAAAAUCAGCUUUCAGGUACAAUUCUUUUGAGCAUGAUAAAUUUAACUUUUUUAAGUUACUUGAACUUGUCGUAUAAUAACUUAUGGGGGAGAAUUCUAUUUGGAAACCAGUUCCAUACAUUUAAUGAUCCAUCUAUUUAUGUUGGAAACAACGGACUUUGUGGACCUCCUCUUUCAGAUAAGUGUGUUAGCAAUGACCCAUCUCAAGGUCCAAUGCCUGUUAGUGGUGUUGUGGAAAAAGAAAAAGAGUAUGAAAUGCUUUGGUUUUACUCUGCCAUUGCACCAGGAUUUGCCGUGGCAUUUUCAGCAUUCGGUGGCGCUUUAUUACUCAAGAAGUCAUGGAGGAUUGCCUAUUACCGCUUCUUUGAUAAGAUUAUAGAUGGACUUUUUCUUACUAGAUGCUUUAUUGGAUGUCAGUAA